CAAAUAUCAAUAUCUGAUAUCUGAUCGUCAAGCCUUUUUGUGGUUACUUAUAUUCUUUUUUGACAAGAGAUCAAUUCCCUGUUUUUUUUCUUUGCGGAAACCAUCGUGGCAUUAAGUUAAAAUUUGCGGGCAUGUUUUUCUUUUUUUUGUCAACCUGAAACAUGUUGUCUGUGUUCUUGAACAUAUCGUCCGCAAAUCUAAAAUUCUGCAGGCAUAGUUUAUUUUCUUGUCAAUAUCUUUGCAGAAAGAAAAGAACUUAUAAUACAGUAUGUUUCUACCUGUGUUCUUGAUUGUAUUAUCUAGUUUUGGAAUCGAAGGAGCUUCUUCUUCUUCCUCUUCUUUCCCCUUUCUCCUACCUCCCGUAGCGCGCUCGUCAGUACAACGCUGGCCCUGCUCCUCUUUCGCUUGGUACCUCCGCGCGCAGCGUCCUAUGGCCGUACUCCGCAGCACCUGCCCGCCACCGCCUGGCCGCCCCCUGCAACCCCACUCCGCCGCCACCCACGCAACGCCAGCCCGCCGCGGAUGUUGCCGGUGUGCUUCUGCACUGCGUCCUCGCCGGACAGCCUCCCGUCCGAGCCCAAGCUAGCCGGCGCGACGGGUCUCCGUUGGGCGGGCACGGCGCGGGUAGGUGCGGCAGGAACACCGGACUGAUCCAAGGGUUCGCGUUGCAUAUCCGCGGCGCGAUGCAGCCACGCAGCGCGCCGCCCCGCGGCCACAGCGAGGCGCCUUCAGGAUUCUGAAUCCUUCACGACGCAAGCCAGCAAAAACAACAUCCUUCCUGCUGAUGGCAGGAGUUUUGGAUGCUUUGGCAUCUUACGUCAGCAACAUGCUCACUGAGAUGGCAAUAGAAGAAGUGGCCAUGCUGAUUGGGGUCUCUAGCGGGAUUGAUGACCUAAGCGUCAAGCUCAGGGACCUAAAAAAUGUUCUUGCGGAUGCCGAUAAGAGGAAUAUCACAGACGAGAGUGUGCGGGAGUGGGUGGAGGAACUGAAGCGCGCCAUGUAUCACGCCACUGACAUCCUCGACCUGUGCCAGCUCAGAGUCAUGGAGCAAGGUCCAUCCAAGGACAUGGGGUGCCUUAAUCCACUCUUCUGCAUGCGAAACCCCCUCCAUGCCCAUGAGAUCGGGAGCCGCAUCAAGGCGCUCAACCAAAAGCUAGAUGAAAUCUCCAAGAGGGGCGGUAGUUUCAAUUUUAUCAAGCUGGAAGCCUACCAAAACCAAAAGACAACCAACCCUCCUGCUGUCAACCGCAAGACAAAUCCAUUGCUGGAGCGAUCGAGUGUGGUCGGGGAGAAGAUUGAAGAUGAUACAAGGGCACUUGUUCAUAUGCUCCUGAUGGAGUCAGGGGACAAGAGUGAUAGCAUCAUGGUGUUUGCCAUAGUUGGUGUUGGUGGAAUUGGUAAGACUACCCUCAGCAAGAAGGUCUUUAAUGAUGAGGCCAUCCAAGACAAGUUCACCACAAAGAUAUGGUUGAGUGUCACACAAGAGUUCAGCGAGGUUGAGCUGUUGCAGACGGCCAUCACUUCCGCCAAUGGAAACUUGCCAGGGCCAGGUGGUUGGUCUCAAGACAAAGCUUUGCUUGUGCCGGCUCUUGCGAAUGCUAUCAGAGACAAGAAGAUAUUUCUUGUGUUGGAUGACAUGUGGGGCAUCAAUGAAUGGACCAACUUGCUCAAGGCUCCCUUUAGCCACAGCGCUCCUGGUAGCCGAGUCCUCAUCACAUCAAGACAUGAAGCCAUUGCUCGAGGCAUGAAAGCUGUGCAUCCUUACCACCAUGUUGACAAAUUAGAGCCUGAAGAUGCUUGGUCAUUGCUCAAGAAGCAGGUACUCACAACAGAGAAAACUGAACCUGCAGUUGAUAUGCUUAAGGAUAUAGGGUUGCAAAUCAUAGAAAAAUGUGACGGGUUACCGCUUGCCAUAAAAGUGAUGGGAGGACUCCUAUGCCAGAAGGACAAAGAACGACGUGAUUGGGAAAAGGUUUUGCAUGAUUCUAUAUGGUCAGUAAGUCGUAUGCCAGAAGAGCUAAACCAUGCAAUAUAUCUUAGGUACGAGGACUUGUCUCCAUGUUUAAAACAAUGUUUUCUGCAUUUCUCCCUUAAGCCUAAAAGGAUAAGUUUUACCCACGUACAGUUUGUGGGAAUGUGGAUUGGUGAAGGAUUUGUUCAUGGGGACUCUGAUAAAUUGGAAGAAUUAGGAAAUGAGUACCAUAAGGAGCUAAUAUUGAGGAACCUUAUAGAGCCGGAUCCGUUAUAUUCCAGUCAAACUAUUUGCCACAUGCAUGAUGUUGUCCGAUCAUUUGCUCAAUUUUUGACUAGAGAUGAAGCACUAGUAGGUCAUAGUGGAGAAAUUCUUAAUAGCAAACUUAGUCUGCCAAAGUUUCUUAGGUUUUCUGUAGAAACCAAAGGCGGGCAAUCUGAUGAAUUUGAGUGGAGAUGUUUACAAGAGCAAAAAUCGCUAAGAUCGAUAACAAUAAUUGGGAAUUUCAAGAUUCAGUCUGGUGAUUCGCUGAUGAGCUUUUCAAGUCUUCGAACUCUACAUAUAGAGUCUGCAAAUUUUGCUGCAUUGACUGAAUCUCUAUAUCAGCUCAAACACUUGAGGUAUCUAACACUACAAAACUGCAAUGAUAUAAACAGCCUGCCAGAGGACAUUCACAAGAUAAAAUUCCUACAACACCUUGGUCUGGAAGGUUGUAGGAGUCUGGUGAAACUUCCUGACAGCAUUGUCAAGUUAGAGGAACUGAGAUUUCUUGACCUUGACGACACAUGUGUAAAUAGCAUGCCUAGGGGUUUCUGUGCCUUGACAAAUCUGAGGGAACUGUAUGGGUUCCCAGCCUACGUGGAUGGUGAUUGGUGUAGUUUGGAAGAGUUGGGACCUCUUUCUCACCUCGUUCAUCUUGGAUUAAAGGGUUUGGAGAAUGUAGCUGUUACCUCGUCUGCCUUGAAGGCCAUGCUUGUUGCAAAAGUACAUCUUACCUUAAUGAAAUUACACUGCACCAAUACACUUGACAACAAUAGAAGAGUACCCUCUGAGAAGGAACAAGGAAUAAUUGAGGAGGUGUUUGAUGAACUCUAUCCUCCGUCUUGCAUCGAAAAUAUUAACAUCCAAGGAUAUUUCGGUCACCAGCUCCCAAGAUGGAUGAUGUCAACAGCAACAUCGCCUCUCAAGAGCUUGAGGUUUCUAACAAUGCAUGAACUGGUUUGUUGCACCCAACUCCCUGAUGGCUUGUGUCUGCUUCCAUGUCUUGAGCUCCUAGCAGUUGACCGAGCGCCAGCUAUCAAGCGUGUUGGGCCUGAAUUUGUGCAGUCCCCGGAUCACCGUCAUCAUCCUUCAUCCCAGAUGACAACUUCUUUUCCAAGACUGCAUCAGAUGAAACUAAAUGCAUUGGUGCAAUGGGAGGACUGGGUGUGGGAGGAGGAAGUGCAAGCUAUGCCCCUCUUGGAUGAGCUUAGUAUCGUAAGAUGCAAUUUGAGGUGUAUCCCCCCGGCCUUGCAUCCCAUGCAAGGGCUUUGAAAAAAGUAUAUAUGAGCAACAUCGAGCGCCUCGACUCUGUUGAAAACUUUGGUUCCGUCACUGAGCUCAGGCUGUCUCACAUGCCCGAGAUGACUAGGAUCACUAAUCUUCCCAAAUUGCAAAAUCUUGAGAUCAGCUUCUGCUCAAAGAUCGAGUUACUUGAGCAGAUGCCUGCACUCAGAAGACUUGCGCUGAAUCUAGGGUACAGUGAGAAACAACUACCGUUAUACCUACAGGCUGUGAAGCCAAGUCAUUUUUUGUUGAACUGCAGCCGAAAGGUACUCACCUCCAUGGCUUUGGGAAAAUCUGGCUCGGAGUGGUUCAAGUUCAGCCACAUCCAGCAUGUUGAGGUUUAUGCAAACGAUGGAGGCAAUGAGAAAAAAUGGCACCUACUGUACACAAGAGAGCCCUACAAGAUCGAUACAAAUGUUGUGCAGGAUUACUCAGAUGAAUAAUAGGACGUACCAUAAGGAGAGGAAGGACUAUGGAAGGAAGAAUGCAACAUCAUCCAAGGUUAUAUGUGAUAGAAGCAGAAGGAAAUGUGAAUCGACGGCAGCCUCCCCCUCUUCCUGAAGCCAGGAGCUGGCGGCGCAUACAUAUCAAGUGGGCGCAUCCAUGGAAACGACGAUACAGUAUGAAAGCGAGAUGGAGAAAAUGAUACUGAACUUUAUUUUUUGCGAGAAGGUGUAGGCCAUGUAUUAAAAUUAUCCAACCCUUGCAAGGCCAUCCUUAGAAAACAGAGUACUGUACAUUUGUUCCAUAUAUGAGCCCCUGGUCUGUUCCUUUAUUCUUAUUGCCUGGUUGGACAGACUCAGUUUGAUGAGCAGGUGAGGAAGAUAAUAGUAUACAUAUUACAUA